AUGAUUGCUGUUCUCACUGUGUUCUUCCUGACAGUGGUGGCAGUGACCAUAGGUCUCCUGGUUCACUUCCUAGUAUUUGACCAAAAAAUGGAGUACUAUCAUGGCUCCUUUAAAAUUUUAGAUCCACAAAUCAAUAACAAUUUUGGACAAAGCAACACAUAUCGACUUAAGGACUUACGAGAGACGACCGAAAAUUUGGUGGAUGAGAUAUUUAUAGAUUCGGCCUGGAAGAAGAACUAUAUCAAGAACCGAGUAGUCAGACUGACUCCAGAGGAAGAUGGUGUGAAAGUAGAUGUCAUUAUGGUGUUCCAGUUCCCCUCUACUGAACAAAGGGCAGUAAGAGAGAAGAAAAUCCAAAGCAUCUUAAAUCAGAAGAUAAGGAAUUUAAGAGCCUUGCCAAUAAAUGCCUCAUCAGUUCAAGUUAAUGCAAUGAGCUCAUCAACAGGGGAGUUAACUGUCCAAGCAAGUUGUGGUAAACGAGUUGUUCCAUUAAACGUCAACAGAAUAGCAUCUGGAGUCAUUGCACCCAAGGCAGCCUGGCCUUGGCAAGCUUCCCUUCAGUAUGAUAACAUCCAUCAGUGUGGAGCCACCUUGAUUAGUAAUACAUGGCUUGUCACUGCAGCACACUGCUUCCAGAAGUAUAAAAAUCCACAUCAAUGGACUGUUAGUCUUGGAACAAAAAUCAACCCUCCCUUAAUGAAAAGAAAUGUCAGAAGAUUUAUUAUCCAUGAGAAGUACCGCUCCGCAGCAAGAGAGUACGACAUUGCUGUUGUGCAGGUCUCUUCCAGAGUCACCUUUUCGGAUGACAUACGCCGGAUUUGUUUGCCAGAGGCCUCUGCAUCCUUCCAACCAAAUUUGACUGUCUACAUCACAGGAUUUGGAGCACUUUACUAUGGUGGGGAAUCCCAAAAUGAUCUUCGAGAAGCCAGAGUGAAAAUCAUAAGUGAUGAUGUCUGCAAGCAACCACAGGUGUAUGGCAAUGAUAUAAAACCUGGAAUGUUCUGUGCCGGAUAUAUGGAAGGAAUUUAUGAUGCCUGCAGGGGGUGA